UCUCGCAUUACUCGAUUGUACCUUUCCGACGAACUAUACUUUCGUUCUAGGUACAAUAUCUUAAAGCGUUAGGACUGCGGAUGAGUUUGUAGCGAAUCAUUUCUCCAUCCCUCGAGUAUCUUCUUAACUGCUCUUCUUCUGAACAAACUUCCAAGUUUCUAGCACGCUGAUGAGUGAAUUUGAUGCUUGAAUUCAAUAAUUAAACUCUCAGCGAAAUUUUGUUGCUAACAUGAAUCAGUUGCUAGUUAGGGCUGUGAUGAGGCGGCUGAUCGCCGGCGGUAGUGCUAGCCGGUACGUCUCGUCACUUUCGGAAUCGUUGACUUUUGUUGUGAAGGCGCCGGCGCUGAGGUCGCUGGAUGAGCCGGCAAUGACUAUGACGGCGUUCUGUUGUCGUUGGGAGAGCAGAAGAAUGAUGAGCUCGACGACGACCGCAGGGGUGGAGAAAGACAAGGAUAAGAAGCAGGGCGGCGAUGUGAAGGAGAAGAAGGAGGGGAAUGGUGAGUUGGAGGUUUCAAGCUAUUGGGGCAUCAUGCGACCGCAGAUCACGAAAGAAGACGGUAGCGUGUGGCCGUGGAAUUGUUUCAUGCCAUGGGAGGCAUAUCGGGCAGACGUGUCGAUAGAUCUAACCAAGCACCAUGUACCAAAGACAUUCAUGGACAAAUUUGCUUUCAGGACGGUGAAAAUUCUUAGAAUUCCAACUGAUAUCUUCUUCCAGAGGCGAUACGGGUGUCGUGCUAUGAUGCUGGAGACGGUGGCAGCAGUUCCUGGAAUGGUGGGAGGGAUGCUUCUGCAUCUGAGAUCUCUCCGCAAGUUCGAACACAGCGGCGGCUGGAUCAAAGCAUUACUCGACGAAGCAGAGAACGAGAGGAUGCACCUGAUGACCAUGGUGGAGCUUGUGAAGCCAAAGUGGUACGAAAGGCUACUGGUUCUUGUGGUGCAAGGGGUGUUCUUCAACUGUUUCUUCGUCAUUUACCUGUGUUCUUCCAAGCUCGCACACAGAAUCGUGGGAUAUCUAGAGGAGGAAGCCGUACAUUCAUACACCGAGUUUCUGAAUGACAUUAACAGCGGCAAGAUUGAAAACGUUCCGGCCCCUGCCAUUGCCAUAGACUAUUGGAGACUGCCGAAGGACGCAAGGCUCAAGGAUGUCAUUACAGUCAUUCGUGCAGAUGAAGCCCAUCAUCGAGAUGUCAACCAUUUUGCUUCUGAUAUACGUUAUCAGGGCAAGGAAUUGAAGGAAGCACCUGCUCCUAUUGGGUACCACUAACAUCAGGUUGCAUCCAAUGAUUACCAAUUUAUGCCCAUUAUAAUACUAUACAUGUACUUUGUCAUGGUCUGAUUGAGGACCAGAGUUUUACUCUGUAAUGUUUUUAGAGAUAUGUGUUACCUGUUUCUUGUUCAAACUCUAAACUUAUGGUAAAUAAAUAAAUGUAGACCACUGACUUUUAUAAUUUUA